AUGCGUCGCGUUUCCGGGUCUGAGGUGCUCGUGCCUUUGUCCGCGAUACCACUGCGGACAAGCUCUCCGCUCGCGCCAUUCCCUGCGUCUUCCUUGGUUUUCCUACUGACGCGCUGGCAGUUUUACAACCCCACCUCGCGCUGUGUCUUUGCGUCUCAGGACGUCACCUUUGACGAGUCAGUCCCCUUUUACCGUCUCUUUCCCUACCGCACUGCCCCUCGCCCCCUGCCGCCGCUCGCUCUCGCUCCAGGUCCUCCCCAGGUAGACCCCCUCCCCGCGCCAGGUCCUGCUCCUUCAGGUGUUUCUCAGGUAGACCCUCCCGUGCCUGCGCCUGUUGAGGUCACUGGUGACCCGGGUCCUGCUGGGGGUGCUGAGCCUGGGGGUGCGGAGCCUGAGCGUGAGGUGCCUGGGGGUGCGGAGCCUGAGCGUGAGGUGCCUGGGGGUGCUGAGCCUGAGCGUGAGGAGCCUGGGGGUGCUGAGUCUGGGGGUGCGGAGUCUGGGGGUGCUGAGCCUACGCGUAAGGAGACUGGAGGUCCUGCGCCUGGGGGUGCUGUGUCUGGGGGUGCUGAGCCUGUGUGUGCGGAGUCUGGGGGUGCUGAGUCUGGAGGUGAGACGCCUGAGGGUACUGGGACUGCUGGUGCGCGGUCUCCUUGGAGUGGCCGCCUUCGUCCGCGUGUGCCUCUCACCUCACAGCAGCUGCACGACUGGUACGGUCACCGUCAGGGUCGCGCUGCUGGAGCCCGGGGAUCUGCUGCUGGGGGAACUUCUGCUGACGUCCCUGGAGCUAGGAGUGGUGCUGGUACUUUGUCUACUGGAGGUGCUGGAGUCGCUGGUCCCGGAGGUGCUCGUACUGGAGGUACUGGAGCUGCUGGGGCUGGGGGUGCUGCAUCUGGGGGUGCCGCUGCUGGAGACACUGAGGCUGGAGACCCUGGGACUGGAGGUGCUGGUUCUGGGGGUACUGCUGGUGGAGAAACUGCGGCUGGAGACCCUGGGGCUGGAGGUGCCGGUUCUGGGGCUGGAGGUUCUGGAGCUGCUGGAGGUGCUGGAGCUGCUGGAGGUACUGUUCUUCGCUCCGCCGUCUCCGUCGUCUCUGCCGCCGCCUGA